GCUGUUUGAGGAGAAUCCGUCCAUGAAGAAUGUGUUCGAGGGGUUCCGGCAGAUCGAGAUGGAGGACAUCCGCGCCUCGCAAGAACUCCGACAGCACGCCGCCAGGGUGAUGGGCUUCGUCAACAAGAUCAUCUGCCGCCUGGACUCGGAGGACAAGUACGGGCCGCUGAUGACCGAGCUCGGCUGCCGACACGUCGCCUACGGCGCCAAACCACAGUACAUCGACCUGAUGGGAGAACAGUUCAUAAUGGUGAUCCGCCCCAGCCUGGUGGCGGCGGACCAGUGGAGCGACGGCGCCGAGGCCGCCUGGCGCAGGCUGUUCCAGGUGAUCAGCCACAGCAUGAAGGUCGGCCUGCAGAACAGCCGGGCGGUCGGCCGGCAGAGCUCCUCCCGCCGGCGGGCGGCCCCUCUGAACGCCGCGGGGGUCACCCAGCCGGCCCUCUGAGUGCCGCGGGGGUCACCCAGCCGGCCCUCUGAGUGCCGCGGGGGCCACCCGGACCCCUCUCUGAGUGCCGCGGGGGUCACCCGGACCCCUCUCUGAGUGCCGGGGGGGGGGUUACCCGGACGGCCCUCUGAGUGCCGGGGGGGGGGGGGUUACCCGGACGGCCGGCAGCGGCAUCUCGCGCACCACCUGAGGGACACCAACCGCCGCCCCUGAGGGUCCGCCGACUGAGGGUCCGCCAGCUGAGGGUCCGCCACCUCCGUCCGCCGACUGAGCCAGCUGAGGGACAGCCACCUCCGUCCGCCGACUGAGGGUCCGCCAGCUGAGGGACAGCCACCUCCGUCCGCCGACUGAGGGUCCGCCGACUGAGGGACAGCCACCUCCGUCCGCCAGCUGAGGGACAGCCACCUCCGUCCGCCAGCUGAGGGACAGCCACCUCCGUCCGCCAGCUGAGGGUCCGCCAGCUGAGGGACAGUCACCUCCGUCCGCCAGCUGAGGGACAGCCACCUCCGUCCGCCGACUGAGGGUCCGCCAGCUGAGGGACAGCCACCUCCGUCCGCCGACUGAGGGUCCGCCAGCUGAUGGACAGCCACCUCCGUCCGCCGACUGAGGGUCCGCCAGCUGAGGGACAGCCACCUCCGUCCGCCAGCUGAGGGACAGCCACCUCCGUCCGCCGACUGAGGGUCCGCCACCUCCGUCCGCCGACUGAGGGUCCGCCAGCUGAGGGACAGCCACCUCCGUCCGCCGACUGAGCCAGCUGAGGGACAGCCACCUCCGUCCGCCGACUGAGGGUCCGCCAGCUGAGGGUCCGCCACCUCCGUCCGCCGACUGAGCCGGCUGAGGGACAGCCACCUCCGUCCGCUGUCUGAGGGUCCGCCAGCUAAAGGACAGCCACCUCCGUCCGCCGACUGAGGGUCCGCCAGCUGAGGGACAGCCACCUCCGUCCGCCAGCUGAGGGACAGCCACCUCCGUCCGCCAGCUGAGGGACAGCCACCUCCGUCCGCCGACUGGGGGUCCGCCAGCUGAUGGACAGCCACCUCCGUCCGCCGACUGAGGGUCCGCCAGCUGAGGGACAGCCACCUCCGUCCGCCGACUGAAAGACAACUCCCGCCACCUGAGGGUCUGCGCCUGGGGAACAGCGACCCUUGUCUGAGGGACAGUGACCCGCCUGGAAAAUAGCGACCCCGUGUCCCGAACUGACAGUGGAGGACGUGUCCCGUGCUGUCAGUAGAGGGUGUGUCCCAUAGGCGCCCUCUGGGCCGUGUGCCGAGCGGGGCUGUUGGGCCACCUGAGGCGCCCCUGGGCUGUGCGCAGACCGCAGAGCGGAGCUGUCGGCCACCUGAGGCGCCCCUGGGCUGUGCGCAGACUGCAGAGCGGAGUUGUCGGCCACCUGAGGCGCCCUCUGGGCCGUGUGCCGAGCGGUGAUUGGAGCCUGUUCGGUGCGGUAAGAUACAGUGGGAGUAUGUCCGUGUCAGUGUUCGGUGAACAAAAUAAACCAGCCGCCUA